AUGGCAGGAAGUUCGAGUUCGACCUUAGUUACUGAAGUCAACCUUCAGUUUGAAGCCUGGAUGGCAGUCGACCAGCUGCUACUUGGGUGGUUAUAUAAUUCCAUGACCCCUGAAGUUGUUGUUCAAGUCAUGAGAUGUGAGAGUGCUAGAACGUUGUGGGAUAGCAUCAACGAGCUUUUUGGUGUCCAAUCACGUGCAGAAGAAGAUUAUCUCAGGGCUUUGGUGUCACAGGUUCUCCUUGGAUUGGAUGAGGAAUACAAUGCUAUUGUAGCAACCAUUCAGAGCAAAGAAAAUGUGUCAUGGUUAGAUAUGCAAUCAGAGUUGCUUCUGUUUGAAAAGAGGGCUGAACGAAAACAUAGAGAUAUUGUUGAAAAGGGGCUGAUUAUGCUAGCUCAAGCCUUCAUUCCACUUACUUAUUGGUGGGAAGCCUUUGUAUAUGCUACUUACCUCAUAAAUGGUAUGCCAACUUCGGUUCUACAAGGUACAACAACAACACCAACACAACAGACUACUCCUUCCCUCUUGCCUACUGCCCCUAUGCCUUGGCUACCUACUGCCUUUACUCAACCGCCCACUACCCCUGCUCCAUCACCCACAGUCCCUGCUCCAUCGCCUACUGUCCAUGCCCCUUUGACUAUUGUCCCUGCUCCAUCCCCUCACCCAUGUGCCAGUGUUCCUACAUCAAUAUACACACCAAUUCCUCCCACUCUAUCGAUCUCUGUCCCAGCCACAAAUAUCUACUCACCAGCAAACCUUACGACCACCUAUAUACCUUCCCCAUAG